UAAGAGGUUGCCUUAGAAAAACACAUUAAAUUUUAAUUAGAUAAAACCUAUUCUGUGUGCUGGCAAAAGAAUAUUUAUUUCUAGGUGCACGUCUCAAGGCACGAGAUAGAAGAGUCUUCAAAUCUUAAGUCUAUAUUCUGGCAAGUAUGCAACUUUUCCCUCUGAUUUUGUCCAUAUUUCUCCCUCUGAUUUUGUGCCUGCAACUUCUCCAUCUGAUUUUGUGCCUGCAACUUCUCCCUCUGAUUUUGUCCAUGCAACUUCUCCUUCUGAUUUUGCCCAUAUAACUUCUCCCUCUGAUUUUGUGCCUGCAACUUCUCUGUCUGAUUUUGCCCAUAUAAUUCUCCCUCUGAUUUUGUCCAUACUUCUCCCUCUGAUUUUGUGCCUGCUACUUCUCCCUCUGAUUUUGUGCCUGCAACUUCUCCAUCUGAUUUUGUCCAUGCAACUUCUCCCUCUGAUUUUGUCCAUGUAACUUCUCCCUCUGAUUUUGUGCCUGCAACUUCUGUCUGAUUUUGCCCAUAUAACUUCUCCCUCUGAUUUUGUGCCUGCAACUUCUCCCUCUGAUUUUGUCCAUGCAACUUCUCCUUCUGAUUUUGCCCAUAUAACUUCUCCCUCUGAUUUUGUGCCUGCAACUUCUCUGAUUUUGCCCAUAUAACUUCUCCCUCUGAUUUUGUGCCUGCAACUUCUCCGUCUGAUUUUGUGCUUGCAACUUCUCCGUCUGAUUUUGUCCAUGCAACUUCUCCCUCUGAUUUUGUCCAUGCAACUUCUCUGUCUGAUUUUGCCCAUAUAACUUCUCCCUCUGAUUUUGUGCCUGCAACUUCUCCCUCUGAUUUUGUCCAUGCAACUUCUCCGUCUGAUUUUGUGCCUGCAACUUCUCCGUCUGAUUUUGUGCAUGCAACUUCUCCGUCUGAUUUAAUGCAUACAACUUCUCCGUCUGAUUUAGUGCAUACAACUUCUCCGUCUGAUUUUGUCCAUGCAACUUCUGAAUCUGAUUUUGUGCAUGCAACUUCUCCCUCUGAUUUUGUGGAUACAUACACAGACACACACAAACACACCAGAUCAGGAAAAUUGCUUGUGAUGAAACUGAGAAAGGCAUGGGGGUUGCAUGUUCCAACUCAUUCGUAAUUGUUUUUUGUUUAGCAAUGUUGAGGGCGAGGCACAUUUCUUCAAUGAUGAAUGGAGCAGAGUUGGGGUUUGACUCAGUGCUGUUGUGCAAGACUAUUGCGACGGAGGGGAUGUGGAAAUGACGUGUCCAAUUGCCACUUGACCCAACUAGGGGUGAAAAAUAACAUUUUUCUUCAGCCUCCUGAGGAAAUCCUUGAGCAACAUCAAAGGAAUAAGAUGCCUCGCUUCAAGAGCAAGAUGAUUUGGAUGGCCAUCCCUUUCCUAAUUCUUCUGUUCUUCGAAAUGUACUCCAGAAGGCCGUUGGCCCCAGCCCAACAAACCCAACUAAAUUUGGGGGCCUGCAGAGGUGAGUUGGUCAAUGGUACCAUCACUGCCUUAAAACACAACAAAACCUUUGUCGUUUCGUUGUACCACGAUGACCGGCAACAAAACCUCACCCGGGCAAUUGCAAUGGUACAUUACAAAAAAAUCCAAGAUCUUUAUUGCUGGUUUUGUUGCAGUCAUAACAACCGCAUUUCUAUCAUUCGGGCCAGCAUAGACAUCCAUCCGGAGAGAAACGGCUUCCCGGUUGGUGGGGCAGAUAUCGUGUGUUUGGAACCGCAACGCUGCUUGCCACAGUAUAUGUCCAUUCAUCCAUCGACCAAAGGAUCCAUGGCGGAGCUGCCGUGGUUUGAAAUCAACAACCGGGUUGCCAGGACUUGGUUUGUGACGGAAUACACCGUCUGUCUGUCGGUCAUGCUCGAGAAUUACGACAACGCCCUGCAGUUUGUGCAGAGCGUGGAAAUGUAUAAAAUCCUCGGGGCCAAGAAAGUGUACCUUUACAAAAUGAACUGCAGCUCGCUCAUGGACCGAAUCUUACAUUUUUAUGUUCAAGAAGGCACUGUGGAGGUCAUACCUUGGCCAAUUACUUCCUACGUGCGCUUGUCUUCUUUUUGGUAUUCUUACCAGGACUGGGGCUAUGGAAAAACCACCGUUCUAAACGACUGCAUUUACCGUAAUAUGUACCGAAGCAAAUACGUGGUUUUUCAUGAUAUCAAUGAAAUUAUCCUUCCCCUAAAACACCCAAAUUGGAAAACUAUGAUCGAUAGACUCGAGGAUCAAAACCCAGGAGUUGGCAUUUUCUUUUUUGAGACUCAUUUUUUCUCUCAGAACGUAUUUUCGUCUUUGGAUAAAUUCAACAUCACGCUCUGGAAAACCAUCCCAGGAGUUAACAUAUUGCGACAUGUUUAUCGUGAGCCCAAUAAACUGAAUAUCAAUAUUUUGAAGAAAAUGAUUGUAAACCCGAGGAGCGUGGUUCAGGCGUCCAGCCAUUCCGUUCUCAAAGGAUAUGGUCGGACGCUCGAAGUGUCCAGUGACGUUGCAAUUCUUUACAACUGUAGGAGACACCUGGAAAACGAAUUUGGGGAACAGUAUCUCAUGCGGGACACAACCAUCUGGAGGUUCAACGUAUCGUUGAUUAGCAACGUUAAUAAGGUUUUCGAUCGCGUUCUCGGCCAUCAAAACGAUAACAUCUCCAAGUCCUUUUGGGGCACAUUCUUGGGAAGCCUUGCCAAAAUCUUUUAAAAGAUUUUCUUUGUUUUACUUCAACCAAAAUUGCCCGAUGAGGAAGGAUUUUUCUCCACGAGGAAGUGUUUUCCUUCACACGGCCUGCGUGUCAUUCAUCCCUUUAGAAGACGUCAGAAGGAUUAAAAGUGCAAUUAGUUCCUCUUUAUAUCCUGCCUUUCCUCUGCAAAUGAGUUGCUUUAUCUGCUGUUUAAUAAAAAUAAUUCAAAAAUGU